AUGAGCUUCAAGGAUAUGUUUCCCUCUACCGACAGCGACACAACUGGUGUAAUGUGGUACCACUCUAUUCAAACGGCUUUGAUUCAGUGCUCAAGUAACGGAUCCUCUCAAUACCAUGACAAACCCUAUGGGCUGACCAACUCGGUCGACAUGCUUGUCAAUAGUCAAGUUGUUCACCGCUUGACCAUUGGACCUGGACUCACGGCCUCGCAUUUCCCCGAUUCGGUCCAGGCAGGCUCUCAAAGUAUACGCCUGAAACGCAAUGGCAACAUUGACGUGUCUGCUUCGGGAGGAUUGUGUGUUUCUAGCAGCUGCCUGGACGCGACCUAUAACAUGAGCUAUCAGGUUGUGCCCAUGACCAGGAUUGUCCCACAGACCACCAUAAUCCUGAUGGAACGAUCGCGCUGUACGACAGUACCCCCUCUUGGGGAAAAGUUUCCUGCCUUGAUGGACAGUCAUCCCAGUGAUGAUCCUAACCCUGUGGCCAUGUGGAAAGAUUCACAUGCCGACUUUGCUUGGUCUGACGCUAUUUCUUAUUGGCGGCUUAUCUGGAACUCUUUGAUCAACCUUCACAAUCAGUACAACACAUUGUAUGGUGGUUUGACUAGUUCCUUUGACCAAGUUUCUGAUGAUGUCGACACCAUUGUGGACACAUUUGCGCCGAAUUCGGACAAUGGGCUACAAAUCUCUGCCAUGGAUAUAUUCAGCGACAUUUAUUCCCUGUUCGGAUCGAUGUCCUGGACUAGUCGUGAGUGGUAUGGUGUUUCAUACUCGAAGAGUCCGGGAGCUGAAUUUGGGCGCGGUGCAAGCCUACUCAACAACGGCCACAAGAAUGGAUGGUCACCGGCUGACUACAACAGCCCUGCUACUCUUCAUGAUGUGGGUGAGGACGGCAUCGGCACAACGGGACUGGCUAAUAAUUCCAUCGGUGUGUUCGAUGAGGCACGGCAGAGCGUGUCCUGCGGAUACAAAUAUGCUAGAGACUAG